AUGAAUAUGACAGAGAAGUAACUAGACAAUCGACCUUAGAAUCCAGGAUAGCAAUCUGAUUAAGAGCCUAAUAAUGUUGAGGAGCCUCUGAAACACAUUAUAUCUUAUCCAACAUUGUCAGUGUAGCCCUCGUUAUUCAUACAAAUGAAAAGAGAGACCAUCUAUAGUACUUAUUCAGUAGGGAAGCUAUUGGGAGAAGGUGCUUAUGGAUAGGUUUCGAUUGUUACGCAUAGAGUGACUGGGAUGCAGAGAGCAAUGAAAGCCAUAAGGAAGGAUUGUCUGUUUGAGGAAGAGUAGGCCAAGCUAUUUUCAGAAAUGACAAUUUUGAAAAAUCUUAAUCAUCCUCAUAUCGUUAAUUUGUUUGAGUUGUUUGAGGAUGAGAAGUUUUAUUAUUUAAUAACAGAAUAUUUAAGAGGAGGCGAACUCUUUGAUCGCAUUUAGAAGGCCAAGAGUUUCAGUGAGGCAGAUGCUGUUCGAUACAUGAAACAAGUUAUCUCUGCAGUUGCUUAUUGUCAUUCAAACAAUAUAGUACAUAGAGAUCUCAAACCAGAAAAUAUCAUUUUCGCAUCUGAAGAUCAAUACUCCACUUUGAAAGUCAUUGAUUUCGGGACAUCACGCAAAUUUGAUAAAAACUAGAAUAUGUCAAAAAGAUUAGGAACUCCAUACUAUAUUGCACCUGAGGUCUUAUAGAAGAAAUACAAUGAAAAAUGCGAUGUGUGGUCUUGUGGUGUCAUUCUCUACAUUCUAUUGGCUGGAUAUCCUCCCUUUUAUGGUCGAAAUGAAACUGAAAUCUUUGAUAGAAUCCUGAAGGGUAAAAUUCCAUUUCACACUGCUGAGUGGAACAAAAUAUCCAAGGAAGCAAAAAACCUAAUUACCAAUAUGUUAUGUUAGGAUGUAGGGAAGAGGUAUUCUGCUUAAUAAGUGUUGGAUGAUCCUUGGAUGCAAUAGGUACAAGAGCAAAAUUUGGUUGAUGACAAUUUCUUAAAGAAUCUCACUGAAUUUAGUGCCAAGAGUAAACUUAAAUAGGCCUUGCUUACUUUUAUGGCUUGCCAAAUGAUUUAGCCUAAAGAAGUUGAACAAAUUUAGGAGUUGUUCAAAUAAAUGGAUAAAAAUAAUGAUGGAAAAUUAUCUAAGGAAGAGUUAGUAGCAGCAUUUUAAUAGAAGGUGUAGAGUAAGGAUAGACUGAUUGAAAAUAUGGAGACCAAGAUCAAUAAAAUUGUAACUGAAAUCGAUGUGAAUUUAUCUGGAUAUAUCGAUUAUACUGAAUUUAUUAUGGCAUGCUUAAAAUACGAGAAAUUGCUUACGAUUGAAAAAAUUAAGCAAACAUUUAAAAUAUUCGAUAUUGAUGGUGAUAAUUACAUCUCUAAAGAAGAAUUGUCACAGGUCAUGGAAGGAGUGGAUGAUGAUAUAUGGAAGCAAUUUUUAGCUGAAUGUGAUCAAGAUAACGAUGGUAAGAUUUCAGAAGAGGAGUUCAUAAAUCUGUUACAAGAUAAAUUUUGAUAUUUCAACAAUUAUUAUUAAUCUCUAUAAUCAUUAUU